ACGUGAACAGAUUGAUGGCGCUGCGCAAAAUGUCCUCUGCUGCGUUUGAUGUGCUUAGGCGAGGGGUGAAAGGCGUGUGGCCGACCAUGAUAACACCAUUUAAAGCCGACUCAUCAAAAUCUAUUGACUACGACAUGGUGGAGAAGCUGACUGAAUGGUAUAUCAAGUCUGGAAGCGCGGGAUUAUUCUCAGUCUGUCUUUCCAGCGAAUUCUACCAGCUGACAAACGAGGAACGACUCCAGCUGGCCGAAAGAGUGCAUAACAAAGCAGCAGGACGAGUCCCUGUUGUUGCAUCCGGGACCUUUGGAGGCCCGAUCGAAGACCAGGCAGCAUUCGUGCGAGAAAUGGCGAAAAGAGUUGACGCCGUCGUCAUCGUAGUUAACAGACUUGCAGAGAAGGAGGAAAGCAACGACACGUGGCUGGAAAAUGCAAAGAAGCUCCUUGACCUGACGGACGACGUACCGAUGGGAUUCUACGAGAGUCCGGAACCGUAUUCAAGGGUUCUGACACCGGACAUGCUCAGCUGGGCCGUCUCAACGGGACGAUUCUAUUUCCACAAAGACGGCAGUACAGACAGACAACUAGUCACUGACAAGAUAAACGCAGCGACUCAAGCAGCAAGCAAGCUUGAUCAUAACUUCGGAUUCUACACGGCUAAAGCUCAUUACAUCAAACACGUCCUGGAUCACGGCGGAUAUGGGUUCAGCGGUAUCUCUGCUAAUUUCUAUCCGUGGGUACAUGCCUGGCUAUGCAACAACUAUGAGAACAAACAUGCAGACAAAGUGCAGCAUUUCCUCGGCGUCGCUGAUAAUGUCAUCCGGCAGAAGUAUCCGCGAUCGGCCAAGAUGUAUCUUAGUGAGUACUACGGGUUGCCGAUUACGUCCGAGUGUCGUAUACACGAUAUGAACCCGAUUGAAGAGGAAGUCAUCAAGAUGAAGUUUGCAUUCGAGAUGAUGGACGAAAUGUGUAGGAGUAUGAACAUUAAAAUGGUCAACCCUCGAACUCUGGAGGAAGCAUAAUAGAAUGGAUUGAAUUCAUAGCAGUGCUGAUGGACGUUUCAUUGUAGUUUUAUAGCGACGUUUAUAACUCUGAUCAAUGCAUCACAGCAAUUUAUUCUUAUUGUUAAUAAAAUUCUGAACAAUUUGAA